CCUGGGGGUGCUGAGCCUGGGGUUGCUGAGUCUGGGGGUGCUGAGCCUGGAGGUCCUCCGAGUGUCCCGUCGCGGCAGGAGCCCCUCUCUCCACGGCAGCUUCAUGAGUGGUACGCUCGACGCUGUAGCAGUGCUGCUGGAGCUGGGGGGCCUACUGCUGGAGGAGCUGGUGGUGGUGCUGCUAGAGGUGCUGCUGGUGCUGGAGCUGCUGGAGGUGCUGCUGGUGCUGGAGUUGCUGGAGGUGCUGCUGGUGCUGGAGCUGCUGGUGGUGCUUCUGGAGGUGCUGCUGGUGCUGGGGCUGCUGGAGGUGCUGCUGGUGCUGGAGCUGCUGGUGGUGCUGCUGGAGGUGCUGCUGGUGCUGGAGCUGCUGGAGGUGCUGCUGGUGCUGGAGCUGCUGGUGGUGCUGCUAGAGGUGCUGCUGGUGCUGGAGCUGCUGGAGGUGCUGCUGGUGCUGGAGCUGCUGGAGCCGCUGGUCCUGGAGGUGCUCGUACUGGAGGUACUGGCGCUGCUGCGGGAGUUGGAGCUGGAGGUGCUGGAGCUGUUGGAGCUGGUGGUGCUGCGGGAGUUUGA